CCACCACAGAUGACUAUAGAUGACAACGUUGCAACGCAGACAGCACCGCAGACAGAGACACCACGUACAGUAGCAGAGGCUCAGCAGCAAGUACACUAUCUCCAAGAGCGACUGCGGCGAUAGCCAAAGAGUCCAACAAGUAUCGCGAUACGUCAGCUCGCCAAAAGCGCUCAACUUGCGACGCAAUCAACAACAAUACUUAUAGAAGAGAAUACACUUUCCUCAACCACAUCCAUCGACUCAUACUGCUCCAUUUGAACAUGCCAUCGAGUUUCUAUCGUAAAAUGCGAUACCCAAGAGGAGGUACGGCGCUCAGUGAUCGUAUUCAUCGAACGAAAACACAUGUAAUCCCAUUCACAGAUCACUCUGGGCGCGAAGCACUCAUGGUGUUCGAUGGCUGGGUGUCCUGUCCGCUCCCACAGCUUUUCAGUUUCGCCAUCUACUUCACACAAAUGACCCUAGAGACUGUCAAGCCAGUUGAGCUUCUCAAAGCUAUUAAGCGCGGAUCGCCGUUGGGCAGCUCGAAUGCGAUCCGUCUGGAACUCUACUUUCUACCUACGUCCGACGUGGAUAGCAGUGCUGACGACGACUGUAUUGCUCAUUAUCGCAAAGAGAAGGCCGCCCGGGGAGAUUAUACACGUCAAAUCAAACAUGUCGAGGAGACCGCACAGGAAGAUUAUACACGUCAAAUACAAGAUCUCAAGGACUCGGCCUCGGACGAUGAUAUUGAAGAGCAGCAGCAGAGCAGAGCGAGCGUUCCUGGCAACGGCCAAACCAGACAACUACCUGGUCUAGUGCCUAGCUACAUCGAUAGUCCAACGUUUGACUAUUAUCACGGAACUAUCUUCCGUUAUCCAGGCGUGGAUUGGCCCACAGACAAGCGUCUAACACGCCGCAUAGAUUUUGAUCGAAUUUCCGAGGAGGAAUACGCUCGCGUAACCGAGGGUAAUGAUGAAUUUCAUCGCAUUCCUCCGAUAUACGUCGAUUCUAUGCCGUUCCAGGAGAGCGACACUACUGAACCAGGAGAGAGAUUUGUGGGCAUGGCUAUGUUUAAUGCUUCACAUGGAAAAACGGAAAACGAGACUAAUCACCCCUGGUCAGAAGCGCUGGACCGAGCCUGGAAGUCAUGGUGAUGACUCUUCUGUUUGCACUUGUUCGCUCUCCGAACCGAAGGAAUCUACUCAGCAGUAGCUACAUACCACAUCAAAGUCUUUUAGAAAGCGUUCCGUUUAUAUACACGACCAUUGAUGUGUUUGCAGAUCGUGCUAUACUGAAUUAUAUAUGCUACAG